AUGGAUCCGUGGAGUGGAGAGCACCGCGCUUUUGUCGUCGAGGUGUACUUUUCGAGUGGAUUUUCGCUGUCUGAAACCCGUCGUCGAUUUAAUAAUCACUACGGUAUUCGUCGAAUUCGUGAUGGACCAUCAAUCAACCUGAUUCGGUCUUGGGUAGCAAGGUUUAGAGCAACGGGAUCAACAAUAAAUAGACCCAGACCAGGACCAACACCAACGGUAGCCACGGACGAAAAUGUCGAACGUGUUAUGGCUUCUGUGAUUGAAAAUCCUCGUUUAUCACUUCGAGCACGUUCAUCGAUUUUGGGUAUUAGUAAAUCAACUUUACAGGUAAUAAUGCGAAAAAAACUUAAAUUACAUCCUUAUAAGAUCCAAAUCGUCCAAGAUUUACUCGAAUCUGACUUUGAAUUAAGGAAAACUUACGCAGAGACGAUGUUGUUGAGAUUUAAAACUGCUACUCGGAUGGGUAACAUAUUCUUCAGUGACGAAGCCCAUUUCCAUAUCGGAGGAUAUGUAAAUAAACAAAAUUUUCGUUAUUGGGAUAUUUUCAACCCGAGAAAAUUGCAUGAAGAGCCUUUACACAAACCAAAAGUCACAGUAUGGUGUGCAAUAUCUGCGUCUGCCAUAAUAGGGCCUUAUUUCUUCGAAAAUGAACGUGGCCAAACUGUAACAGUAAAUUCCGAGAGAUAUGCUGAGAUGAUCAGUGAUUUUUUUAGACUAGAAUUACAGAAUAGUCCAUACUGUAACCGGAAUACGUGGUUCCAGCAAGAUGGGGCCACAGCUCACACUGCUAAUGUGGCCAUGAGUGCAGUGCGAGAGUUGUUUCCCGAAAAAAUCAUAUCCCGGAACGGCACCAUACCGUGGCCUCCCAGGUCACCAGACCUAAGUCCGUGUGACUUUUUCUUAUGGGGAUACUUAAAAUCUAUCGUUUACAAAACAAAUCCGACCACUGUGACACAGCUGAAAGAAAACAUUCGAGCAGAAAUCAGCAAGAUUCCCCAGUCGCUUUGUAAAAGAGUUUUCGAAAACAUGCGUUCCAGACUCGAGGAGUGUGUUAGGGUCGAUGGCCGCCAUUUAGAAAACGUUGUUUUCAAAAAAUAA